UUCCCGCUCUUUUUCUUCUCUUCUUCUCUCUCGGUGAUUUCGCCGGAGCUAUGGCUAAGGGGGCUCGGAAUGGGGGAAAAGCUAAGGGAACGAGUAAUGGCAAGAAGCGAGGACCAUCUUCUUCGGAUAGAAUCAUUAAAACAAGGUCCAUGGAUGAAAUCCUAGGGGUACAGGAAUUGGAAAUUGCAGAAGAUGCAGACCUGGAGAAUACGCAAUUGCAAUCGGAUUUAUCCCGAGUAAUGCCUGAAUCCACGCCAAAACAAAAUGCAAUCCGCACGGAUCUUGGGAGUUGGUUGAUUGCAUUUGAGCAAGCUAUGCAAGAUCUGCUGUUAGGUAAGCAUGCUUCUGCUCUGAUUUUGAAAUCUCCUAUAAUAGAACAACCUGUUGGCUGGUCUAAUGGAGAAUCGUCAAAAGGAGUUCAUUCUACUCAAACUCAAGGGAGGAAAAUUGGUGUCAAGAUUGAACCCGAGGAUAUUGCUGAUGAGAUUAACUUCUGGCAGCCUUCUAUUGUUUGCUAUGUUGUGGGAGCUAAUCCUCCGGUUAGUAUCUUGGAUGGAUUUGUAAGAAGGCUUUGGAAGGAAAAUGUAGACAAAGUAGGAGUGCUUUCACGAGGAAUUUUCAUUAUCCGAUUCUGUAAUUUGGAAUUUCGUAAUCGAGUACUCAAUGGAGGAUAUUUGUUUCUGGGUAAGAAGCCACUAGUUAUGAAGCCUUGGAACUCGGUGGAUGAUUUCACAAAGGAGGAUAUUACUGUCGUUCCUACUUGGAUUCAACUGGGAGGACUGGAUAUUAAGUAUUGGGGUGAGAAAUCUCUUUUCAAGAUUAUGGGGCAAAUCGGGAGGCCAAUUCAAGUAGAUAAUAUCACUAAAUACAGAGAUAGGCUCUAUUAUCCUCGCAUUCUUAUUGAGAUCAAUAUGGAUCAACAAUUUCCAGGAACAAUCAGCUUUGUGAAUGAUUUUGAUCAGGAAAUUGAUUUACAAGUCGAGUAUGAAUGGAUUCCAAUCAUCUGCAAAAACUGUUCUGGGACUGGGCAUGAAGCUCAAGUAUGUAGGAAAAAGACUCAAGGGACACAAGUAUGGGUACCUAAGCAAUUGAAGCCUCAGAAGAAUCCGGAGCCAGUAGUAGAUGAGGAUGGGUUUCAGCGACCAAACAAAGGAGUUAGGGGGACAGUUGUUUCUGCACCAGCAACAGUUAUGGCAAACCAAUUUGCUAUCUUGACUGAGGAGACAGAGGAAGGAAGAACAAGCAGGUUGAAUACUGAAGAGGGGGGAGAUCCCUCUGCAGGACAUGGAUAAGAUUUUAUGUUGGAAUGUAAGAGGGAUUAACAGCCAACUUAAACAUCGUGAGAUUAAGAAUUUAAUCAUUUCCAAGAAAGUUGGGCUGGUUAGUCUCCUUGAAACAAAGGUCAAGAAUAAGAACAUAGGCAAUAUAUAUUCAAGUUUAUUUUAUGGUUGGUGUUUCACUACUAAUAAUCCUUGGAUAGAAAAAGGACGAAUAAUAGUAGCAUGGAAUCCGAGUAUGUAUACUAUUGAUAUUAGAGUUUGUACUAGUCAAUUCAUUCAUUGUUUUGCUCGAGCCACUCACAUGACAGGAAGUUUUUUUGUUACCUUUGUAUAUGGGUUUAAUGAUGGGAAAUUGAGGGAUCAAUUAUGGUUGGAUAUUCAGGAAUUAGCCUUAAGGAUUGAUGAGGCUUGGAUGAUCUUGGGAGAUUACAAUGAAAUCUUGCAUCAGAAUGAGAGAGUUGGCAAGAAGACUAUUAUGAAACCUUCUCUGAGCCUCCGAGAUUGCAUGACCAAUUGUCAAAUGGAAGACUUGAAAUAUUCAGGGUGUUUUUAUACAUGGACAAAAAAAACAAAGGCCUGAGGAUCGUGUUUACUCUAAAAUUGACAGGGCUAUGGUUAACAUGAAGUGGACAGAUCAAUAUCCGAAUUCUGAAGCUGUUUUUCUCCCUGAAGGUAUCUUUGAUCACAGUCCCAUUCUUAUUUCCUUUUAUUUGGCUGUGGAAAUUGGUAAGCAACCAUUCAGGUAUUUCAGAAUGUGGAAGGAAGCUUCAUCAUAUGCAACUAAAGUUAGCACUAACUGGAAUAAAGUAGUUUCGGGUACUGAAAUGUAUAAAUUAGUCCUGAAGUUAAAGAGGCUUAAACAGGUAUUCCGAGAAAUAAAUAGAGAAGGAUAUCAUGAUAUUCACAAGGCUGAAGUUCAAGCUAAGCUUUACAUGCUGGAAAUUCAAAAAAGCUUGCAUCAAGAUCCUCUCAAUGAGUCUUUAAUUCAACAGGAGGCAUUGGCUAGGGAAGAGUUUACACGAUUAAAUAGAGCAUACCUGUUAUUCUUAGCACAGAAAGCAAAAACCAGGUGGGUGAUGAAUGGGGAUGAAAAUACUGCUAUUUUUCAUGCCUCAUUGAAAGCUAGAAGGAUUCAAAAUCGCAUUUACUCUAUACACACUGAACAAGGCACCGGGGUGGAUAUAGUAGAUGGUGUACAAAGAGCAUUUUUAGACUAUUAUCAGAAUUUAUUGGGGACUCAAUUGCAAAGUAGGAGGAAGGUAUCAUAGGCUAUUGUUGAUUUAGGUCCUGGAAUUUCUGAGGAGCAUUCUAGGCUGUUGUUAGAAUCUUUUACAGCUCAAGAAGUUAAAGAGGCAUUAUUCUGCAUUCCAAGUCUAAAGGCUCCUGGUCCUGAUGGAUAUAGCAGUUUUUUUUAUCAGGAUAACUGGGAAUUAGUAGGUCCUGAGGUGUGUGCGGCUGUUUUAGAUUUCCUAACCACAGGGAAACUACUUAAAGAGAUUAAUGCUACAACCAUCACACUCAUUCCAAAAAUCAAAUGUCCGGCCAAAGUGAAUGAUUUCCGGCCAAUCUCCUGAUGUAAUGUGCUUUAUAAAAUUGCAUCUAAAAUGAUAUGUGCAAGGUUGAGAAGGGUACUUCCGGAUUUGAUUGCAGAAAACCAAGGAGGAUUUGUUCAUGGGAGGUACAUAGCCCACAAUAUCAUGAUUUGUCAAGACUUAGUUCAGCAUUAUGGAAGGAAAAACUGUAAGCCAAGCUGCUUGAUUAAAGUUGAUUUACAGAAGGCAUAUGACACAGUAGAGUGGGAUUUCAUAGAGGAAAUGCUUGCUGCUUUUAAGUUUCCGAAGAAGCUUAUCCAGCUAAUCAUGAUUUGUGUUCGAACACCUAAAUUUUCCUUAAUGCUCAAUGGCUCUUUAUGUGGUUUUUUUGCAGCAAAAAGGGGAUUGAGGCAAGGAGAUCCAAUGUCUCCAUUAUUGUUUGUGUUAGGUAUGGAAUACCUUUCUCGAAUCAUGAUUAAAGUGGGAUCUAUCUCUGAUUAUAAGUAUCAUGCUAAGUGCAAAUCCUUGAGAUUGAAUCAUUUAUGCUUUGCGGAUGACUUAUUACUGUUUUGUCAUGGAGAUUUUAUUUUGAUUCUAUGGAUGCUUAGAGGGCUCAAACUGUUUUUGGGGACAUCUGGUUUGGUACCAAAUCAAAACAAGUCUGCAAUAUACUAUAGUGGUAUGAUAGAGGCUGAGGUCAAUAGAAUCCUAGAAGCUUCAGGUUUUGUUAGAAGCCAUUUACCAUUCAGAUAUCUUGGUAUUCCAAUUUGUUCUAAGAGAAUUUCUUCGGUGGAAUGUGGCCUUAUUUUAGAAAAAAUGAUGCAUCGAAUUAGGCAAUGGAGUUCUCGGAAUUUAUCCUAUAUGGGUAGAGUAACACUCAUCAAUUCAGUUCUCAUGUCUAUACACUCCUAUUGAGCCCAAAUCAUGAUAUUUCCGAAGAGAAUACUGAAGGAAAUUGAUGCCAUUUGUAGAGCAUUUCUUUGGAGAGGAAUGAGUGAUAAUGCAGGGCCUGGACUUGUUGCUUGGCAUACCAUAUGCAAUUCUAAAACAGGUAGAGGAUUGGGUUUUAAGAGAGUUGUAGAUUGGAAUAUUGCAGCUAUAGGGAAAUACAUAUGGGCAAUUGCUUCCAAAAAAGAUAAUCUAUGGUGGGAUUACAAAGCUCCCUUGGCUAGCAGCUGGUAUUGGAGGAAAAUGGUGGUUGUUAAGGAUAUGUUUAAAGCAAAAAUCGAUUUGGCAUCACUUGCAGCUUUGAAAUUCAGUAUUAAAGUGAGUCAUGACUUGUUGUUUGCUUCUCCUCUCAAAGUGCAUUGGACAAAGUUUGUUUGGGAGAGAUUUUCUGUACCAAAGCACAGAUUUGUACUCUGGUUAGUUAUGCUUCAGAGAUUACGUACCAGAAUAUUCAUUCACAAUUAUAACUCAUCCAUUGAUCCAUCUUGCCUUUUCUGUGGAGAAUAUAAUGAAGAUAUUCAACACCUCUUUUUUCAGUGUAAAUAUAGUAGACAAUGUCUAUUACUGGUGAAAAAGUGGCUGGGUUGGAAAGUAAAAACAGAGGACUAUGAAAACUUGCUGCAAUGGAUUAGGAAGACAAGGAGAUGGAGGAGGUUUCGGAAAAGCACCUUGAUAGCUGUUAUUGCUUCCUUGAUUUAUCACAUUUGGAGAGUGAGGAAUGACAUACUAUGGUCACAAAAGGUUUGGUCCACAGCUCAUACAGUCCAAGCAAUACAAAGGGAUAUUAGAUUGAGGAUAUACUCUCUAAUUUCCAGCAAAACAAAUUCCUUAGAAAGAGAUUUGCUUCAUGCUAUUUGUCAAAAUAGCUAACUGGUAUAUACAUGAUUAUUGAUGUAUAAAAGAUAGAUACAGUGGGGAGAUAUAAUGGGGAUAUAUAGAAUUAUAAUGGUAGUUUGUAUAUGAAUUGGAGUUUGUACAUGAGUUGGUUUUGAGCAAUACAAUGAUCUGAUUCACCAAAAAAAAAAUUAAGUUCAAAGGUUACACAUAUCCGCACUCUCUCUCUCUCGCUCUCGAUAUUUAUAUAUAUAUAUAUAUAUAUAUAUAAUAAGGUUAGAGUGUUGUUUACAUCUUUUAUUUUAAUAUUUUCAUCGUCUUGGUGGGUAUUUUUCUUUCAACUUUGUGAUAGUUUUAUCAUAUAUAGAGUCAUGGCAAUGUGAUGAUUAUAUUAUGAUCACAUAAAAUUAUGACACAGCAUAGUUAUAUAAAGUUGAUUUAUUUGAUGACCUUACUUAUUUAUUUCAAUUAAAAAUUCAGUUUCUAAUAAAACAGUUUCUAAUAUGCGUUUUAUAUGUUCCGAGCUCACACUUGAUGAGAUCAUAUUUCAAAGUCAUAAUCUCAUGUCUCGAAAUUUGGGAGUAACACUCUGUUCUUUUUGACACUAGCUAGUUCUGCUUAUAUUUAGGAUAUCUUUUUCUUUCUCUAGUUAAUAAUCUCUUUUUUUUUGUUUUUAACUGUUUCUCUACUUAAUCCCAACGACACAAAUAUAUUUAUAAAUUUUAACUAUAAAUAGGCACAGUAGUAUAUAAAAUAUACAACACAUUAAUUGGGUUUUAAUUCAAUUAAUAUAAGCAUCCCAUUUAUUAUUCAUAACAUUUAUAAAAGUUUCGUUGUUUGGUUAAAGGAUUUAUAUUAUAGCUAAUUCAUUUGCUAUACUGAUGAUUUGAAUAAGAGAAAACUACACAUAUGGAGAGCAAUUCUACUGAAGUUUCUAAAGAUGAGAAGGGCACAAGCUACAUAGAGCUUCACAAUGCGGUAAAGUCCGGAGACAAAAACAAGCUACUCGGCCGCUUAAGUUCAAAUCAUCCAAUAGUGUUGGAGACCAAUAAACAUGGUGAUACGCCACUGCAUGUUGCUGCAAGGUUAGGGAAUUUUGAAGCGGUGAAAGACAUAGUCGACUGUGAAACUGGAGAGGUGAAAGACAUUAAAAUGGACAAAUAACGAGAAAUGCACGGCGUUCCAUGAAGCUGUGAAGAGGGGUUACUUGGAAAUUAUUAGAUUUUUAAUUGGAAAAGAUUCAAGUUUAGUAUAUUUGACUACUAAAGAUGGAGAAUCACCGUUGUUCUUGGCUAUCGAUAGAGAGCUUUAUGGAAUUGCUGAUUGCAUUUUGGGUGUAGUUGAUUAUGAGAAAGAGCUAUUUAGUUGGUCAGGGAGGAAUGGUUUGACUGUUAUGCAUGCAGCUGUAAUCCGUAGUCAUGGUCGCUACGUUGAGAAGCUGUUAGAAAAAUAUGAUGGCGAUCUUUUAGAAAUGAAAGAUGUUCAUGGAUGGACUCCUCUUCACUAUGCGGCACACUUUGGCGAGGUGGAAGUGGUGAAAAGAUUUUUGCAGAAAAAAGCAACCCUUGCUUUGAUUCAAGACAAUGAAGGCACCUCUCUCUCCCUCUCUCUUCCCUCUCUCUCCUCUCUCUCUCUAACUCCCUCAAUGCAAGCUUCCACUCAACCCCUCCCUUAGAUCUCACUCUCUCCUCCAGUGUCUUUCUCACUCAAAGAUAUCUCUCUUAGAUCAGUCCUUAGUGACCGAUUCAAAGCUCAAUCUCUACCUCUGUGCUCUUCUCUUUUUCUCACAGAGAUUUAGCUUGUGUGUGUUUCUUAUCUAGUGCAAGCAAUCGAUUUUUGCUGGUUGAUUACUGGGUUUGUGGUUCACCCAUUGUUCUCGAUGGUGAUUUGCUCAAUGCAAGAGCUAAUUAAUACAGUAACAGAUGCAAACAGUGGGACCAUUAUAAGUUUUUUUUGUUUUUUUUUCUGCAAGAUAUUAUUUUCUAAGCUCAAUGUGCAUUGAUUCAGCUUGUUAUCAUGUGCACACAAUAUUUAUUUAUUAAUUAAGUGCUUAAGAACCCCAUUAAUAAUGUUCCUUUAUAUAUUAUAUUUUAAUAUUUUAUGACUGGCCUUCUUUGCUAAUUCUAUGCUUAUAGUCUCAAACAAAUAGCAUAUGAUUCUAUUAUGCUUCUACAAAGAUCUUUCCACUUUUUUCCAAUUGCAUCACUGAACAAGUUUGCAUGUUAUUCGUUAGUUACUUUUCUAUGUAAUUUAGCCCAUUACAUAUCAUUUUGGUGUCUUCUCAAUAUGUAUCUGAAGCUUCAUUAUACAUUGGGAUGAUUGUCUCCUUGUUUGUCCAUAUUAUUUAUUGCUUCAAGCUGUUGUUAUGUGUUUUUAAGUAUUCAUAUGUGUUCUGUUUUGGUCCAUGUUACGACUAGAUUGAAUGUCUUCCAAGUGUUUACUGAAAUAUGUAACAAAAUACUAGACUCACAAUAACUUUCUUAAGUUGUUAAGUGUGUGGUUGAAGAUUAAAUAUAAUUAUUAUGGAAUUAUUUGAAAUGUAUUUUACUUGUUUGUUAUAUUCUGCAUGUUCUUGUUUUGAUUAUUUUUUUAUUUUGACAAUUAUGUUAUCAACCAUAGUUUAAGAAAAAGAGAAUGUGUUAAUUAUUGAUUAUCUUUACUGGGUGCAUGUGUUAGAUCGAAGAGGAAGGAGAACAGCUUAAUUGGGGAACUUGAGUAAGCAUCAUACUUGAUUCUUCUUUGUCAGAUUGUGCUCUGGGUAUAUUUAUGUCUCUCAGAAAAGCUGGAAUGGGACAACUUUCACAACAUAAAACAAGCAACGUUCUAAGGGAUAUGAGGAAAAAAUCAGGGAAAUUAAAGAGGAAAUUGUAAGCCUUCUUAAAUGUUAUAUAGCUACACACACUUGCAUGGGCUGUGGUAUAUAUACACAUUAAUUACAGAAUUCUUAGUUUGAAUGUUGUUUCAGAGACCUAAGUGUUUGUGAUUUUGAGUGUCUUUUCAUUAAGAAUCCUGUGUAUGUGUUGUGUAUAAUUAUGCAAUUUGAGUACAUGGUUUCUUGCAUAAUCGCAUCUGUGAUGGUUUGGCUUUCCUUGACGUGGUCAAAUUUUUUUUGCUGUAAGUGUUUUCAUUACAGUGUUAAAGUUUAUACAAGGUUAGGCUUGUUAGGAUAUUUCUUGAAACAGUCCUGCACAAGCUUCCUUGCACACUAUUUAAUCAUUUUUUCUUUGAUCAAAUUGUUUUAUAUAUUUCAAUUCUUUUCUAAAUUAUAUGUUUAUAAUAAGAUCAAAAUGGUUUAAUUCACUUUAAUGGACUCAAAGAAAGUUGCAGGUUGAGAAGCUUCUUUGUAGUGUAUAUAUAAAUAUAUCAUUUGCACAGCUCAAAGAAUCAUCAAAUAGAAGGGAAAAAAAACUUAUGGUGGCUUUGGAUUCGCAAGCAUGGUCAUCCUCAAGAUGCGAUCAGAGGGAGGCAACUUAUACACAAUUCCAUAGUGAAACUUUAACUAACAAUUGAAUUCACGAUGACUCAUAGUUUACCAAGCCACACAAGAAAACAUUCAGGAUAACCAUAAAUUCAACUUAGGAACACAAAUUUUAAGCCCUACUUUUCUAAAUCAUCAAGUCACUUGGAUCUGAAGCUAAGCAAGUAGGGAGAGAAAAAUAUGCAAAAUAAGGGCUAAAGAUAAAUUGUGGUUAACAAACAUAGAUGAAGAAGAAGAUAGGUUCUAGAGCAGAGAGGAGGAAGAGGAUCGAAUGAUCAGAAGAUAGUAGAAUUUCCCGGCGAUUAGGUCGACGACGAGGUCACCACCAGUAGGAACAAGACCAGAACCAGAAUAUCAAAUCUACGUUCUUCGUUCGCGGAGAGGGAAGGGUCCCAUUUACUUUGCCUAAACUAGAGAUGGCAAAGAUCAUAAGCCCAAUCUUAUUAUAUUCAUAACCCCAAUCUUAUGUUGUACGAACUGGGGAUGCAAGUUGUGAGGAGGCAUCUUAUGUUUGGUGUAAGUGUUUUACUUAAUUAGUGGACUAAGAUUAGUACUAAAAAAAAUGUACCGGAUAAUUAGUGCAAUUAGGGAGAUUGAAUAGUAGUAAUAAUAGAAAAAUCAAUUUUGACGGUUUAAUUUUAUUUGAAUAU